AAGCCACUAGAUCAGAUCCAAUUGAUACUUUUGUAGAUUAUAUAUAAUCUUUAAAUUAAUUAACUAUGUCAGGAUCAUAUACAGUUCCUCCACCUCGAGAAAUUGAAGUUACUUUGGGUAAAGGUGUUAAAGGAACUUUCGCAAUACCCCACUCGGCCGAUGCUGAAAAUCCGUAUCAAGAAGGAUUUGCUCCAGUAACUCAUAAAGCUGUAUUAAUUUUACAUGGACAAGGUGGUCAUAGAGAUUAUUGUUAUCAAAAACAUUUAGCUCAUAGAUUAGCAGCAGAUUUAGGUAUUUAUUCUUUAAGAAUUGAUUUUAGAGGUUGUGGAUCCUCGGCUGAUAAUGAAGAUCCGAAAAGAGGUAGAGUAUUAGAACAAGAUAUUGAAGAUAUUCAAGCAGCAGCUGAAUUUCUUAGAGAUGGUAAACUAAAUCCUUCAGAAAUGAAUUUAACUUUAUCUUCAAUUAUUAGUCAUUCAAGAGGUAGUGUAGCUAUGUUUUUAUGGGCUAUUAUUCAAGAUGAUCAUCUGAAACGUGGAGAUCCAAGGGCAAUUAUUGUCCCAAAUUUAAUUAAUUGUUCAGGAAGAUUUAGGCUGCAUACUGUUAUGGAUAGAUAUCCUAUAUUUGAUGAUAAUUUUGAAUAUAUUAAUCAAACAUCUAUGAGACAUGGGAAACUCGCUAAUGUUCCAAUAACUAGACAAGAAUUAGCUUCGUUAGCAAGACCGGAUUUAUCAGUUUUACGUCAUUUAGCCUUAGAUACUUCUGUUUUAAGUAUUUAUGGUUUGAAAGAUACAAUUAUCCCUAUAGGUGAUAGUGCAUUAUAUUCAAAUGUUUUAAAUCGUGGACCACUUUCUCAUAAAUUAGAAUUAAUUCCAAAUGCUGAUCAUAAUUUUUAUGGUAUUGAUCCAAAACAACCAGAUGAUGAUGAAAAGGAUUUUAAUCCAGAAAAUUUCCCCCUCAAUUCUAAAGGAUUGGUAAAUUAUAAUUAUCAAGUAACCAAUAUAAUUAUUGAACAUCUUCAAUCCGAUAAUGAAUUACAAAGAUUUUUACAAUCCUGUCGUGAUAUUGGAAGAUUAUCAAGAUGGAAAAAUGUUGAAGGAGUUAGUAAUUUUAGAGAUAUUGGAGGUUGGAGAAUUCAAAAUCCAACUUUUGAAAUAUCUUCAAGAGGAUUACCAAAGGGUAAUGCCUUACAAUAUUAUGUUAAACCACAUGCUGCAUUCCGUUGUGCCAAUAUUGCUAAUAUAACUGAUAAUGGAGCUAAAACUCUUUAUAAUUUAGGUAUAAGAGCCAUUUUUGAUCUACGUUCUGAUGGUGAAUGUGUUCAAGAUGGAAUUCCUAAAUAUGUUGAAGAUUAUGGUAUUAAAAGAAUUCAUGCCCCAGUUUUUUCUAAGGAUGAUCAUUCUCCAACUGCUAUUGCUAUUAGAUAUACUAAUUUAUUAACUAGUUGGGAUACUUAUGUUAAUGUUUAUGAAAAUAUGUUGGAUUUUGGUCAAAAUGCUUAUAAAACAGUAUUUGAAUAUAUACGUGAUGAAAAUAAACCAUUUGUGUUUCAUUGUACUGCUGGAAAAGAUCGUACUGGUGUAUUAGGAAUGUUAAUUUUAUUAUUAUUAGGUGUAGAUAAAAAUACCAUUGCUAAAGAAUAUGAAUUAACUACUAUUGGAUUAAGACCUGAUCAUGCCCAAAUUAGAAUUAAAUAUGAUGAUACUAUUAAAAAAUUAAGACAACAAAUGGGUGAAGGAAGUGAUAUGGAAUAUAUGAUUACCAAAGGUAGAAAGAAUUGGUCUCUUGAAGAAGAUGGAUUUAAUAAUUUAAUUAGUUCAAGAUAUGAAGCAAUGUUAGCAACUAUAGAGUUGUUUAAUGAUAAAUAUGGUGGAAUAAUAAAUUAUAUGAAAGAUGAAUUACAAUUUAGUGAACAAGACAUUAUAAAGAUCUAUGAAAAUUUAAUUAUUGUUGAUCAUUUAAGUAUAGGAUUUGAAGUAGCUUCUACCCUUAAUUGGGAUCAUAGAAAUACUGCAAAAGUUAAAUUGUAGGGUUUAUUUUAAAAAAUCUUAUUUAUUAGUAAUAUACAAUAUAUAUAUGUGUGUAUAUAUACUAUUAUUAUUAUUAUUAUGUCGUCAUGAAUCACAUUAUAGGCAAUGGCCUUUGUUUAAAUAUCAUUUUCUUUUUUA